UAAUUAUUAACUCCUAUUAAUUUGAUUAUUUUCGAUUUUAAAUCGCGAAUAUCUCGAGAACGGUGAUAGAUACGGCAAAAAUAGCAAUAAUUCGGGGUCAGGUCAGGAGCACACCGAUUACAACAGGCAAGCAAAGCACUUUGUGGAUGCAGCGCCAGUUGGCUAUAGUUGGCGCAAACGUCAGAUCAGAGGGGAAGUUGGCUCCUGGAUUUGAAGAGGUUAAAAGUGUUCAAGAAAUGGCAACAAUAAAGGGAUUAGGGAGGAAUAUUCCUUACUUAAGGCAACAGUUCGCAGCCUUACUAGGAAACACGAGUGCUAGUGUUAAAUUCAUAUGCGUAGUCGUGUUGUUUUCAUACUGUCUGUCUUACUCUGAGGAGGCUGUACGGAUACUGAGUGUAACACCAGGUUAUCUUUUACCACCUGCAUUCUGGAUCUGGACAGCUUUUACGUUCUGCUUUCUUGAAAUACAUUUCUGGGAAGUAUGCGUCGACAUAAUCACCGUAGGUCUUUGCGGAAAGCUAAUAGAACCCCUGUGGGGUGCUAUGGAAAUGAUGACAUUCUUUGCUAUCGUCAAUUUUGGUGUUGCCGUUCAAUCUGCUCUUUUCUAUCUCUUCCUCUACAUGUGCACCAACGACACCGAUCUACUAUUUGACAUACACAUUCACGGAUUAACAGGAUAUAUUGCAGGUGUCAGCGUAGCUGUGAAACAGAUAAUGCCAGAUCACAUCCUGGUAAAAACUCCGAUAGGGAAAAUAUCAAACAGGAAUAUUCCUUUGAUGGUUUGGGUCGUUGCGCUACUUCUCUGGCUUCUUGGUUUACUGGAAGGAACGCAUCCAACAAUGUUUCUGAGCGGUCUUCUCAUCUCUUGGAUUUAUUUACGCUUUUAUCAAAGACACAAUAAUGGAACAAGAGGCGAUAUGGCUGAUAAUUUCACUUUUGCAAGUUUCUUUCCCAAUGUAUUACAGCCACCCAUAGCAGUUGUCGGAAACACAGUACAUGGAUUUCUAGUCCGAUUUGGUGUCUGCAAAAAAGUUGUUCGCAGAUUUGACAUGUCCAAUGCACCUCCAGGCUUGGUAAUUAGCUUACCAGGAAUCGAUCCUCACGAUAGCGAAAGACGUAGACAAAUAGCAUUAAAAGCUCUUAGUGAGAGGUUAAGUAAGGAUCACGCCAAACCUUGGCAACCAGAUAGAAGUAAGAAGCAUUCACCUGUUCCGCCAGCUGUAUCAAUCCCAAUACCCGAAUCAACGACACCAAAGCCACUGGCGUCUCCGCUAAUCCCUCAGACCAGUGUAAACAUACACAAUCACCCGUCCACAAGCACGUGAUCAUCCAGAAUUGACUGAUUUCAAUAAUAUUGUAAAAAUUGGCAAAGGUUUUGCAAAAUGAUCUCAUAUGCGCAAGAUUUGGUAUACAAAGUGAAAAGUUUGUAGUCAAAGUUAUUCUUUUUAUGUGUAUCCUAAAAUCCCAUUGAGAAGAUUGAAUCUCGUAAACUGAAUAAUUGCACAGUCAAAAUAUAGCGUGACCUCUACUUGUCACAAUAAUUCGAAAAUCACAGAAUUUACAAAGAAAUUAAUCAAACCUGAUGAAAACCUUAAUAAUGUCAAAGAAUUUUUCAUGUCUGGACUUCCAUUGAAAACUUGAACUCUUAUUAUUGUAGAUGUCGAUGAAUUUCGAAGAUCUACAUUAAAAUCAAAAGCGUGUUCUAAUACGAGUUGGAAAACACAAGCUUAGAAAGUUUAACGUUCCUGCUAUACUUUGUAGUAUCGCUGCUCUUCUUUUACAAAGUUCAUAUGAGAAAACGAUCGAUUUUGCGAUUAACGUGGCUUUAUUAUAAAAUGUUGCUGUAAGUUUUAACGGACUGUUUGACAGAAAAUUAUACUUCAACCGUGUUAUAUAGUCUCUCAAUUCUCUUACAGUUAGAAUUGCACUUCAAGCAUUUCAGUAACCUCACACUCCAAUUAUCAGUACAAGAUCGUUUCAAUGCACAGUAACACAGAAAUGCAUCUGGUUACCGUAACUCAUAGUAAGUGAGGAUGGACAAAUACAUUGAGAUCAGCCUAUUCUUUUACAUCAAUCGAGGAUAAUAAUUAUGAAACCCAAAUGAUUCAUUUCAUCACUUUUCUUUUCAGCCUUUUAAAGAUUAUAUCUGUCUUCCUGCAAAAGAAUUAUCAUGUAAUAAGUUAUACGUGUGUAUAAUAAUACAAGAACUUUUGUUGGGAGUUCUUACACAAGCUAUCGCUGCACAAGAGACAACUUUUGAAUUCUACAAGUUGUAGUUCUGUGACUUGCCUGUAUGUAGGAAAACGGGUGACCUGAUUCGUUCGGACUCUGAAGUGCACUGUUAUGUCCAGCUUAUGUGUCCAAGAGGAUAAUGUAUUUCAAUCAGAAUGAUUUAGAUAAAACCAAAGCAUAAGCACGUGAAAAUAAAUACGAUGGGAUCAAGGUGCAAGAAACCCGGACAUGUUAUAUAUAACACGAAAUAAUUUUGUGAUGGAUUCAAAUUGAAAAACUAUUUUUAUGCAUAGUAUAAAUGAGUUCUUCAGAAACUAUUAAAGUUUUAAAAUGAAGUAUCUUGACCUGAUACUUAUGCAGCGCUGGAAUGUACUUCUAAAGAUUUUUUAUGUUUGGAAUCAACAAAGAUUCGUGUGGAGGCUGAGUGAGAAUACAAUUCAAUGCGUUGCAAAGUAUAUGGCUGGGGUAACACUACGUGAAUAAAUGAACAUUCGCUAGGUAAAAUGAUGAGAAACUUAAGUAAUAUUAUAUAAUAUAUUUAAAUGUUAAAUAUAAUUGAUUUUGUAAAUACAUUGCAUCCUGUCAUUCUGUACAAUAUUAUAUCUCUCUGAUUACAAUUUCUUUACUUUUUUGCAAAGUAGGUACAAAUUAUUACUCUUAGGCUCGAGAUUACUCAAUAUAAACUCGAACUAUAAGAGAAUGUGUAUGUAGUGCAGGAGUUUUUGUU